CCUCGCUCCUCUGACUUUUGCGCCUUCCUUGGCAUCCCCCAUCCCGAUUUCUCUGCUGUACCAGUACACGCUGUUCUGUACUACUUCAGUCCUCUUUUUUACUUAGAUUUCCAUUCACUUUAAUCCUUCAUCAUGACCGCGCCUUCAAAUUCGUCUGCUCACCGCAACGUCGUUCCUUCUGAGGUUGGAUGGCAGUUCGUUCCCCAGUACUACACCUUUGUCAACAAGCAGCCCGAUCGUUUGCACUGUUUUUAUACUAAAAAAUCUACUUUUAUUCACGGGACUGAGGGGGAGGAUGGAAAGCCUUGUCAUGGUCAACAGGAAAUUCACGCGAAAAUAACUAGUAUCGGGUUCCAGGACUGUAAAGUCUUUAUCCACUCCGUCGACGCUCAAUCUUCCGCCGACGGUGGUAUCAUCAUCCAGGUUAUCGGUGAAAUGUCCAACCAUAAUGAUCCGUGGCGGAAAUUCGCCCAAACUUUUUUCCUGGCCGAGCAGCCAAAUGGGUACUUUGUUCUCAACGAUAUCUUCCGUUUCCUCAAGGAAGAGACCGUUGAGAGCGAUGAGGCGGAGGAGCCAGUUGAGACCGUUGCGCCUAUGGAACCCCAACCCGAGCCGGUACCUACUCCCGUCGAGGUUCCACGGGAGCGCACCCCGACUCCUCCGCCGCCCCCACCGGCGGAACCCGUCCCAGCAACACCGCCGCCUGUCGAGGAACCCCCAACCACGGUUGCUGACGUCCCAGAGCCUCCAGCGCGGAUUCCUACACCUGAGCCGCCCAAGCCGCCCACUCCUGCCCCUCUGGCAGCGCCCCCCGCUCAGACAAACGGUAUUCACCCACCUGAACCGGCAGUUUCUGCCCCUGCUCCUCCUCCUCCCGUCGUCGAGAAGGCCCCGUCGCCCAGGGCUCCUGCAGCCAAGACGUGGGCCAACCUCGCUGCGACCAACCCCAAGAAAUGGGGCGCGGCUGUGGCCCAGGAGUCGAGGGGCACCACAGAAAUCGUACCGUCUUCGACGCCAGGAAGUGGAACACAGACUCCCUCUGCCCCAGCUCCAGCAGCCAAUGGACCUGUUCGCGCGUCUCAUCCGGCGUACGUCGCGGCGCAGGCAGUGGCCACUGCCCAUUGUUUCGUCAAGGGUGUCACGGAGCCCGUCUCGCAGACCGCACUGACAGCGCAGCUCUCGCAUUUCGGAACGAUCAAGGAAAUUGACAUUGUGCGUUCCAAGGCUUGCGCGUUCGUCGAGUUCGUUGCUGUGGAGUCUGCUAAGCGGGCUAUUAUCGCUUCGUUGCCCGUGGCUCAGGGUGGUGGAGGUGGUGUUUGGGUUGAGGCUAGCGGUGAGGUUCCCGGGGUGCGAAUCACUGUAGAGACGAAGAAGGAGCGGGGCGACAGGCCAGUCAGUCGUCCAAGAGGCGGAGCGCCGCAGGGCGAGACACGGGGAGGUGGAGGUGGCGGUGGCGGAUUCCGGGGCGGUCGUGGUGGUGGUCGUGGAAGAGGUGCAGCUGCAGGAGGAAAGUAGUCGCGCUGGGUCAGCCUGCUCAACCUCUUCGCAUCGAAUUGCGGACUAAAAAAAAACAGUAAAAAGGAAUAAAAAGUACUGAUCUUCACAAUCAUCUUUGUUGCGCGCGUCUUAUUUACUAUAUCGGUCCUUUUUACGGUCGUUGUUGUUUUUUGCACUUAUUUUUUUUUUUCGCUUUUUGUUGUCCUCGCAUUCUUACCAUAUACUCUCAUCCACCCCCACCCGCACACUCUCCGUCAUGCCCUCGCUACGCCCCAUUCAUGUAAGGUUUUCGUUAUGCAUACAUAUUGGAUUCCUC